UUAGCCUUUUGUUAUUAGCAGUUUCUUUCUCGACGACAGUUUUUGCUUUUGCAGCUGCCUUGUCCCAUUUCUCGGAUUCUCGCCGGAAGUCGACCACAUUGCCGUCUCCGGCCACUCCUUCUUAAAGUCCUUGAUCGGCGUCCAAUCGGAAAAAGGCUGUUAACAGAAAAUUAUGGAUGGUGAGACGCCUAAUUUCAAAAAAUGGAAUAUACUAUAUCCUGUUUACAUAAACUCGAAGAAGACUAUAGCCGAAGGUAGACGAAUCUGCGCAGCAAAAGCUUGCGAAAACCCUACCGCGGUAGAAAUCGGUGAUUGUUGCAGCCACCUGAAAAUUCCUUUCGCUAUUGAGCUUGAUAAGGCAUAUCCACGGGACUUCAUGCAAGUAGGAAGGGUGAGGUUCAUUCUGAAAAGGUCGGAUGGGAGUUUAUACAACCAAGCUAUCACAUCUAAAAAACACCUGAUGCUUCAUGUUGCUGAAUUGGUUCCAAGACACCCUGGCAGGGUAAAGAAACAGGAGCCUGCUGCCACGUCAACCACUGGACCUUCUAAAUCUGGAAAGGGUGGCAAAAAGAAGAGAUAACUUUUUUUUUUUGGUUAUACAACAUGUUUUUGUUUAUUUAAAAAAUAUUUGGAUUUUGGAAUUUGGACCCCUUUUCAUUGGUUCUAAUUUACACCAAGUUGUGACCUGAUGUGGCCUGUGUUUUAUAAUUUCUUAGACAUGGGAAAUGGAAUAUGGAUAUGUAAAGAUUUAAGAUUUUGCAUAUUACAUAUCUCCAGAUUUAUAUAUUUUAAGUUUUUAACCAUGUUUGCAUAAAAUAUAUAAUAAUACAAUGUUAGAGGUUAUAAAUAUAUAAAUACAUUUUGACAUGGCUUCUUAAUUCAGUUUUACCUGUAUGAGUUGCAUAAAAAGCCAAAUUGACUUGUUUUCAUAUAGGGUUGGAAAUGUGACAUGAUUUAUGAAAUAAAGCAAUAGCAAUUAGAUAUGAUUUAUAUCGAUUAAAACAAAUUGAAUCGACUAAACCCAAAACAAAAAUGUUAUAUGUGUAUUGUUAUAAGAAAAUGAUAUUUGUUUAGAAUUACGUUUAUAAAUUAAACAAAAACAUUAGGUCAUAUUAAGCCCGAUGCCAAUUUUGUUCAUUUUGGGAAGUUUUAAAUAAUAAAGAAACCACAAGGGGCUAUAUGAUACUUCAACUGAAACGUACGGGGUCCAUCUGUCCAAAAUAAGAAAGUUAUGUAUGCUGAUUUGAAAAUAUAACAAAAUACAAGGAGUGUUAAUGCAAAUUUUCUUUCGUUAAAUUAGACCCGUAACUUUACUAAACAAAAAGUCAAAAACUAAAAUCACUCGUCACAGAAGGCGCAUCCGUAGGGCAAGCGAACGGCGAAAAAAGUCCGCCAGUCGUCGUCGUCUCCGGUUUUUUUAGUAGAAAGUAUAAUAAUGGGUGGUGGUAGGGUGGCUCAUCCGGUGUUGAAAGGGCCAAGUGUGGUGAAGGAACUGGUGAUUGGGGCGGUUCUUGGGUUGGCUGCUGGUGGUUUGUGGAAGAUGCACCACUGGAAUGAGCAGAGAAAAACAAGGGCUUUUUAUGAUCUUCUGGAGAAGGGUGAGAUCAGUGUUGUUGUUGAAGAAGAAUGAAUGUUCCUUGUUGAUGUCUUUAUUAGUUGAAUAUAUAAAUUGGAGAUGGGAGUUUGUGAUUUUAAUAAAACAUAAAAUUCUGCAUUGAAAUUGUACUCAAUUUUCACUGUUUUGUUUAAAAAAAUUGUGGGAUUGCUGGAUCUUGAUUAAUUGAUUGAUGUUAUAUUUUGAUGCUA